AAUCCACCGUGUUAGAUCGCGUGGGUCUAGACGCUACCGUGCUUCUGGCAUUCUUCAAAAUGUCUUACAAACUUUUCGCGUUUUGUGGCUUGUUCUCUCUAAUCGUACUUUCACCAAUUAAGUUUUCUAUCUAUUAUUCUAAACACGAAGACUUUCUCAAUGAUCCAGUGGAGACUCCCGUAGAUCUUCCCGAACAUUCUCUUCUUUUGGUGUCAUAUGUCUUAUUUACUUGGGUAUUCUCGUUGGCGACCUUUUACUUUACAUUUUAUAAUUAUCGGGAGUUUUCGAAAGUUCGUCAUCGAUAUUACUGCAAAUGGAAGAAUUCAAUCACCACGAAGACCGUGAUGGUGACGGUCAUUCCAAGAGAACUGCAAAAAGAUGAGGCGCUUAAAGAGUUUUAUGAGUCAUUGAACUUGGGGCCAGUUAAAGAAGCGGUUGUAUAUAAGAAUGUUAGGAAAUUGAGGCAUGCACUUGAGAAGAGGGAAUAUUACCUGAGGAAACUCGAGGAAGCUUACGCGGAAUUUUUUGGCAAUCCAUGCUUUUACCCAGACUAUGAUCCUGAUGAAGUGCAUAGAGAAUUCGAACAAAAUAAAACCAUUAAUCUUUCCAGAUUUCAGGCUAAACGUCGAAAAAUAAAAACAGGUUUCCUUGGUAUAUUUGGUGAAGAGGUUGAUAAAAUAGAGUAUUACACCAACCUUUUCAAUCAAUGCGAUAAGAUGGUGGAAAGAGGUAGACAUGGUUCAUACAAUUCGGCAUCAGUCGGGUUUGUGACUUUUGAAAGCAUAACUAGUGCGCAAAUGGCCGCGCAAAUCCUUAUGCGUCCCGAACCCUAUCAUUGUAACACUGUACUUGCACCUGAACCUCGUGACGUUUAUUGGCGUAAUCUUACCAUUCGCCAACGAGAAAUGCUUUUUCGUAGCAUAAUAGUCAAUGUUGCGACCGUGAUCGUGGUCAUCUUCUGGUCUGUCAUAUUUACGUUUAUUAGCUCCAUUUUGAGCUUGGAAGCAUUGACCAAGACAUUACCUUG